AUUACGCAUUACACCCCUCUAUCAUUUGUCUUUUUCUUUUUCUCCUCUUUUAUCACUUAUUCUUCGAAUUCUCUCACACAAUUUGACAUUUGACAAGUCUCGACAUUCUGAAAAUGAGUCGAAUCUCUCGCAUUUCUAUAUUAUUUAUUUCUACUUUUGCUAGUCUUGUUGGCUUUUCAAUACCAUUUUCCGAUUUUCGACUACCAGAAAAUACAGUUGUGUGCAGUAUUUUACAGGAUACUAAAUGUGAAUGGAAGCAAAACUGGAAGAAUGCAGAGGGUGUGAGAAGAGAGCUCGACGCAGGAAAACCACCAAUUCAGUUAUUCUACUUUUGUAAGGAGAAUCGCACUGAAACCUGUGGAAUUUGGUUAGACGAGAAUGAGAAACCAAUCGAGGAUGCUCCAACAACUGACCGAUUAUCUGGCGAAGCUUUCAUAAUCGAAAAAAUGGGUCUUCAUGUUCUUGGAGACUAUAUGAAAUUUCCUGAGGAAAAGGGAGAUAAAAAGCUGAUAAUUGAAUAACUUUUGUUGUCUUUUGAAUAUUCUCAUCAUUUGUAUGUAUAUAAAUAGCCUAUUUCAAUUCCAUUCUCUUUUUUUGACUGUGGUGGUCAAUGAAAUGACCGACCGUAAUAAAAUGCUUUUUGU